AUGAAAUUCCCCUGGCUUGCGACGCGGUCAAGGGCGCUUGCCCUUCUCGUCAGCAUCCUCUUCAUCGUAUGCGCUACAGACGCCCAGCGGUUCAAUGAUACAACACUCGGCAAUGAAGCUUAUCCUGGCCUCAGUGACAAGUGUGUUGAGGCGCUUAACACCACGGUGAAAGACUGCCCGAGCUUUCUGGCUGCGGCUUCGGUCGACAUGCCCCGGCUGGAGUCAUCUUCGCUGAAAUUGUUGUGUACCUCAGCUUGCCGCUCCUCGCUGAGCUCUGUCCGGAGGGUCAUCGACGAAGGUUGCCGUGCCGAUAAGGACGUCAUUGAGAUUCGCUCAGUCGUGUAUCCUGGUGAGCUACCUAUGCUUGCUUUCCUGAGCCUUUCGUCUUGGAAGGUUCUUAGAGACACUGGCAAAUUCUGCGACGAGCUAUAUCUUAACGCACUUGCCAACGGAACAGCAGCCGACAGCUGCUCGGACUGUUCUCUCAACCUGGUCAGGGAGCAGCUGAACUCCCCUUUCGGUUAUCACCAAGAGUUCGCCCAAGGAUUCGAGUCCAUCACGUCAAAAUGCGGCGCUAAGGGCUACGCGUUUACUUCACCAGCCAAGUACGCUCUCAGCACGAAGCCUGUCGCUGCCCCUACGGAUCCCCCAACCUGCGGAUCGCCGUACGCGGUCCAGCCCAACGAUACUUGUGACUCCAUCGCCACAGCCAGGAAUGUCUCGACAUAUUCCAUCAGGAAGGCCGCCGGCGUUGGCUCGGAGUGCAAUCUACAAAAUGGCACAAAGCUUUGCCUGCCAGAGCCGUGCACAGUCCCCCCUGGGAAAACACUGGACCAAGUCACAACCGUGAUCCUCUCACCAACAACAACGCAAGCACCCCCAACCGCAGUUCCUGUUCCCACAAACGCCAAAAAUGACUCAAACAUGCGGUGCGCGCAUUGGUACGAGAUCCAGACGGGAGACUACUGCGAAGCCAUCUCGAUCCGCCAGAGCAUCUCGCUGCGAGACUUCUUCUUCCUCAACCCAUCCAUCAACAGCACCGACUGCCAGAACCUCUGGCUCGAGACAUCGUACUGCGUCAAGGCGGUCGGUGACAUCAACACCUACCGUGACUACCCCUAUUCCACCUCGCCCAUCUACACGCUCACCUCCUCCAACUACCGGACCACCACAGUGGAAUCGAUCGACACGGUCAAGCCCAUUGCCACGCCCAUCGUGGAGCUGCCCCUCGCUCCGGACUCGCUUACCGAGGAACAGGGCUGUGUCGAGUUUGCCAAUUACAGGGCGGUUGUUCCUCAGAGGGACCAGUCUCAGCAGAGGGACGUGCCUGCUUUCACCAACACCAUCAACAAUUGCGACUUUGUGAGCGCGUCGUUUGGGGUCUUUCUCGAGAAUUUCCUCACCUGGAAUCCGAGUCUGAAGAAGGUGGACCCUUGUCGGCUGCAAGAAGGAUUCCGGUACUGUGCUACCAACUCGACUGAAGACGAAGAAUCGCCGGGGAACCGCCCGUGUACCGAGGUUGCAAAACCGUAUCCCGGUACUGUGCCGUCUUGUUCUUGUUUCACUACCAUUAUAGGCUCCGACGCUGGCUUUUACCUUUGCGAAGAUAUUGCCCUCGACCAGAAUCUCACGAUGAAAGACCUCGUCAGCUGGAACCCCUGGGUGGGCUCCGAGGAAAAUUGUGACAAGCUUUGCCAACCUGACUGA